UCUGGGAACUGGUCCAAGGAGCGUCCGGGCAGCCAGUGGCCGUGACGUUGCAGAGUUGAGGGGGGGUCGAUGAGACCGAUCGGACGUUAACGGAGCGAAAGGGGGCUCUGGCCGCGUUGGGGGCGCCUGCAGCCUUGGCAGGGACUGCUGCAAAGAUGUUGCUGGCUUCCGCCGUGGUGGUUUGGGAAUGGCUGAACGAGCACGGGCGCUGGAGACCCUACAGCCCGGCAGUGAGCCACCACAUCGAGGCGGUGAUCCGGGCCGGGCCAAGAGCCGGGGGGAGCGUUGUCCUCGGCCAGGUGGACAACCGGCUCUCGCCCUAUAUCAUCGACCUGCAAUCCAUGCACCAGUUCCGCCAGGACACUGGCACCAUUCGCCCAGUACGACGCAGCUAUUAUGACCCUUCUUCGGCACCAGGAAAAGGUGUGGUAUGGGAGUGGGAGAAUGACAAUGGUACCUGGACACCCUAUGACAUGGAGGUGGGUAUCACCAUCCAGCAUGCCUAUGAAAAACAGCACCCCUGGAUUGAUCUCACUUCCAUUGGUUUCUGCUACAUUAUUGACUUCAGCACUAUGGGGCAGAUCAACCGUCAGACCCAACGCAAGCGUCGUGUCCGCCGCCGCCUUGACAUGGUGUAUCCAUUAGUCACUGGAACCUUGCCUAAAUCCCAGUCAUGGCCAACAAGUCCUGGUGCAGUCAAUACACCCCUUGCACCAGCUUGCACUUGUCCACAGUGCCUCCUUGUCAUGAGUAUCAAAGCAGCAGUGGCAGCUGGAAGCAACGGGGGGACUGGAGUUACAACUAGCCAACAGCAGCUGCAGCAGCCGCCACAAACAGCACCACGUAAAGCUGUAUCCCUUUCUGGUAGCACCAAACUCCCCACUCCUGCAUCAGUGCACAAGUCCCAAGAUGGAACAGCAACUGUGCGCAGUUCAUUGAAGACCCUGGCAUCUCAAGUGAGUCGGAGGCAGGCAGCCAGCACACCAGCCCUCACCACAACUGGCUCCCCUGCCAGCCCACCCAGUGCCAAUGGCAAGGUGACCCGUGCCAGCCUUAAUACACUGAACCGUACCAACCUGCAGCGCCUAGCCAUUGCACAGUCCCGUGUGUUGAUCGCCUCUGGGGUUCCUACAGUUCCUGUGAAAAAUCUCAAUGGCUCAAGCCCAGUCAAUCCAGCGCUGGCAGGAAUCACGGGGAUCCUCAUGAGUGCUGCUGGGCUGCCUGUCUGCCUCACUCGGCCCCCAAAGCUGGUGCUCCACCCUCCUCCAGUCAGCAAAAGUGAAAUCAAAUCCAUCCCUGGGAUCUCCAAUACUUGCCGCAAGACCACCAAAAAGCAGACCAAAAAAGGCAAAACCCCUGAGGAAGUGUUGAAAAAAUAUUUACAGAAGGUGCGCCACCCCCCAGAUGAGGACUGUACCAUUUGUAUGGAACGCCUUUCUGCUCCUUCAGGAUACAAAGGACCUCAGCCAGCAGUCAAGCCAGACUUGGUGGGCAAGCUGUCCAAGUGUGGCCACAUGUAUCACCUCCACUGCCUCGUGGCCAUGUACAACAAUGGGAACAAGGAUGGGAGCUUGCAGUGUCCAACUUGCAAAUCUAUCUAUGGGGUAAAGACUGGCACCCAACCUCCUGGGAAGAUGGAGUAUCACCUCAUCCCCCACUCAUUGCCUGGACACCUUGACUGUAAAACCAUUCGAAUUAUCUACAACAUCCCACCAGGGGUCCAGGGACCAGAGCAUCCAAAUCCUGGGAAGAAUUUUACUGCCCGAGGAUUUCCUCGGCACUGUUACAUCCCAGACAAUGAAAAAGGCAGAAAGGUGCUAAAGCUGUUGCUCGUAGCCUGGGAUCGGCGCCUCAUCUUUGCCAUUGGCACAUCCAGCACCACUGGGGAGUCGGAUACUGUGAUCUGGAAUGAAAUUCACCACAAGACAGAGUUUGGCUCCAAUCUUACUGGCCAUGGCUACCCUGACCCUAACUACCUAGACAAUGUGCUGACUGAGCUAAUAGCUCAGGGCAUCACUGAGGAGAGUGUGCUUCAAGAAAAGGACUGAGAAUGUGGAAAGAAAGGGGAAGGGCCUUGCUCUGGGGGUGGAGCUACAACUAUAGCAGUAUCCCAUGGAUUAAGCUCCCUCCCUUCCACUGUGCCUGCCCUGUCCUCUCCUCCUCUUGCCACAGCCACAAUCUGCCUCUUGAAAAGUUCAGUUUUGCUUGUCCUGCUGUCUGCUUAGGGAUAUGUUCAGGUGAGAAACCAUGGGUUUGCAGUUCAGUGGCCCACAGCACUUGGCUGGUGGUAGCAAACAAACCUGGAGUUUUUUCCAGCUCAUCUUGGGCAUGGGGUGAAGUUAUCCCAACUAAGCCAGAGGUUACAUUAACCUUAACACGCAAUGGCUGUUUUAUGUUUGUAGUCCUGAGAUGUGGUGGCAUAUUCAUAUGGAGAGACUAGGAACCCACUAUAAAUUCUGUGAAAAGUGGAAGUAUGUCUUGGGACAGGCAGCCCCAUAGGGCAUCUCUGUGGUACUGCGCAGGAGUCAAGAAGAAACCUCCGUUCCAAAGGCACUGAGGAUUAAAACCAGCCCUGGUCUUUUUUGCCCAGCUAGGCGCCUGGUUUCAUGUCACGUCACUACUGCUUUUCAUGUUGUGGGCUCAGUGUGAGACAGAAAUGUGCUGUUCUAAUCCUCCCUCCCUCUAGAGAUCUCAUGCAUUCCAAGGCUGCCUCCUUAGUCUUGUUCCAAGAAACAGGCCUGCACUUAAGCUAAUCGAUUUGGUACCUUAGGAAAGUAGGCUGAAAAUUCAUUCUCUCUGUUACAUUCCAAGCUGGGUCAGACAUAUGCAAGUCUCCAACAUACAGUAUAAAGUGGACUAGAUUAGAAUAAAUCAGUUAUUUAAUCUCAGCUGGGAUCUUGCCUGAAUGCAAGCAGAGCCAGUAAACCUCUUGCUUCCUCUAAAUUGGUUUAUCAGAAUUUGGCCCACUCCUGUCUCCAAAGAAAGAUAAGUCUGUUCCAAGCUAAAAUGCUCUUGUAGAAGAUACUGUCAUACACAGCUGGGUUCCUUAAUACAAUGCUCACUUGGCUAUAGAGUUUAGAUCAGUUCUCUUUGUCUCACUGCUUUACUUAAUUCCAAACCAGUACAGAGCUAUGCGCUCAGAACUUUCUCUCUUUGUAAACAGCAUUCCUGGGGACUGUUUUUAUGUCUGCUUUUUUCUGUAGUGGGAUAGAAUGAGUGGAGUAAGGGGGUGAAGGUGUGAUACUUGGUUUUUAUUCCAAGGUGGGUUCUUUGAACUGUUUGUAAGGGGGAGUCCCCUAGAUACAGAUUUGAAUUUAUUUACCUCAUGUUUGGGGGAUUUGUCGUAUAUACAUUACAAAUAUAUAUAUUUAUUUGUAAUGUAUAAGAAGGAUAUUGAAGCUAGAAUGUGUAACAAAAUGGUACUCAAAUUAGACCUGGAGGCUAAGUUCCACAGUUUUCCACAGUGCAGAAAUUUGGAAAUUAUUGAAUUAAAACAACAUUGAAUCAUUCUCAUCCUCCACUUUGUUUCAGUCAAUACUGUGGCUUUUUUGGACCUUAACAACCAAUGUGAUUUCUUAUUAGGGCAGGCUUGAGAAGAUUAAGAGGUGGGAUAGGAUUAGAGGAAAGGCAUGUGAGAAUAGAAAGGAGCAUGUUUGUGGAGCUGACUGUCUGCAUGCUUGUCAGGGUGGUGCUAAGGUGUGUGUGUGAUUGAGGAGGGGCCCAGAGACAUCACAAGGGUUGUUAAUAUUACAGUAUUUUUUAAGGUUCUUAAUCAUUUUGGAGCUCCUAAGUAUAUGCAGCCAGGAGAUUCUCCUCCCUCACCUCUUACUUUCUCAUGAAAAUUUGAUUCAGGGUCACUCUUUCUAGACUUUUGCAAAGGAGCUGAAACCAAGUUCUACUUUCCUCUUCUCCAACCCUGUGUAAGUCCUCUAAGAUCAAGUUCAUUAAUCUGUACCUGAGCUACUACAUAAUGAUAGUAACAAAGGGCCAAUGAAUAUCACUAGAUCUAAAAUGUCUUGACUUCCAUUAGGGAUUCUUUCCUUAAUAUAUCUUAGUAAGCAGGGCCAGCUCUGUAAUGUGGUGAUCAGAGGCAGUCCCCUCAGGUAGCAGAUUUGUGGCAGGCAGCAACUUCCCACUCCAGCCAGCAGCCCACUUGCUGCCCCCUGACUUCUGCCUCCAUCUGGGAGCUAGAAGAGAUAAUACUUAUUACCUCCUGUCUUUCCCUAGGCUCUUUAAAAGCAGUGUUGCCCAAACUCAGAGGAGUCCUUCUUGCAAGAGUUCAAACACCUUUUCUGGUUGCCUGUUGCCUGGGCAACCAAAAGGGUGACCAAAUUCUCUUGAGAGGAAAUAAUCUUGUGAGAGUUCAGGAAGCUCAAUGGUAUAUGCACGGCUUGCUGCUAUUUUUAAAGAGAACUGAGGCAGCAGAGAAGGUUAUAUCUUCCAGCUCUGGGGGUGGGCAGGUGGUGGCAGUUAUUUGUGGUGGGUGGUGUUUGCUACCUCAGGCAGCAAAAGGCUUGUGCCACCACUGCGAGAAAGCAUUUCCCUGUCCAGAUUUCCAGUCAGAAGUAUUUUUCCCCAGCAGAUUAAAUCUGAUUAAGUGGUCAGUGGAGAAGAAAUUCCUCUAGGAAACCUUUCUUCACCACUUAAACAUUUUAGUGUAACCCUUUUGAUUAAAUAAUCCUCAAAUGUGACUUAGCCUCCAGGAUAGGGGAGCAGUUUUGGAGGGUGACUUUCCAGCCAUUAUCCGCGCCCAGUUGAAGGGAGUCAGUUUGCCUUUUAUUUGACUUUGUUUUGGCUGAAUAACUCUCCAACUGUCAGUAAUUUUGUACUUCAUAGAGAAUGACCAGCCUGAUGUGAUGCCCUCAUUAGGGAUAAUGAGAAGGGUCUCUUCUUCUUUGUCCUCAUCAUAUCCCAAGGCAGGGUGAGAGGGUGGUGGUAUUGGGGGGGGGCAUGGGAGAGGGUGCCAUGUUGUAUAUUGUUCGUUUGUUGCUUGUAAACGGUGCGUUUUGCCCGUCUCUAGUUUGUUGCAUUAAGUAAGGAUGCCACCCUUGAGGUGUAACAAUAAAAGAAAAAGUCUACUGCCAGUUUGCAGAAUGCUUUGUGUCUGUGUAUUCUGUGUCUGCGCGUCUGUCUUUUGUUAAUUGUUUCUGUUUCCUGAGCAGGUGAAUGUGUACAGUUUAUUUAGCUGUGAAAACAUCAGCCUUCAAACAGCCACAAGGAGGCAUUGUUUCAG